GGUGCUGAAAGGACAGCGCCCUUCAUUGUUGAGCCGGGCGUGAUACGGUUAACUAAGGGCAAGCUCUUGCCUUCUGACCCUACUAUAAAGACUCACAUUUCAAGUUCCUUGGUUCCCUCGUUAAGGUUAAAGCUACAUUUCAUCAGCAAAUCAUUGUCCUAUAGCAGUGACUAAACUGAUCAUUUGGGCAUCACUUCCGGACAGACUGAUGAUGUCCCCCAGCCAUCUCUAAGCACCAGUCACUGUGGAGGAGUUAGCUUGCAUCUUAGAGACAGAAACACACAGUACAUGCAGCGCUGAUACCGUUCACGGUGCAACCACCUGAGCUAUCAACCGGCAAGGCGGUGGCUGUCAAGCUUACACAUCGCAAUUUGCAAGCAGCGCAACAUCGGAUCAGGUCUCAGGAAUCCCGUGGUGCAGUCAUGUCUACAACUGGGGAAGUCCCUGCCUUCUUCAAGAACAUGGGUUCGGGUAGCCCCAAGCCACGGCAGAAAUUCUGUGGCAUGUUCUGUCCAGUUGAAGGCUCUGGCGAUAGCAAGACGUUGGAUUUCCAGUCACUGCCCGGAGGCAGUAAAAGGAGUGAUGAACGGGUCAUUGACAGGCAGACGGACAUCUCCCAGCCAAGAGUCGAGAUAAGGGAGAGCAGAGGCAAAUCUGCCCUGCAAAACCUGGAUGACAGGAGCGAUCGUCUUCUGAUCAAAGGGGCCAAGAUCGUGAACGAUGACCAGUCCUUCUGCGCUGACAUUUACAUGGAGGAUGGCCAUAUCAAACAAAUUGGAGAGAACUUGAUUGUGCCAGGGGGAGUGAAGACCAUCGAUGCCCACGGGCGCAUGUUGAUGCCAGGGGGCAUCGAUGUGCACACACGCUUCCAGAUGCCCGACCGGGGCAUGACCUCAGUGGAUGACUUCUACCAGGGCACCCGCGCUGCCCUGGCAGGGGGCACCACCAUGAUCAUUGACCACGUGGUUCCGGAACCUGGGGCCAGCUUGUUGUCGGCUUUUGAGCAGUGGCGUGAGUGGGCCGACAGCAAGUCCUGCUGUGACUACUCCCUGCACGUGGACAUCACUGAAUGGCACAAAGGAGUCCAGGAGGAGAUGGAGGCCCUGGUCAAGGACCAUGGGGUCAACUCUUUUCUUGUCUAUCUGGCUUAUAAAGAUGUUUUCCAGCUUACUGACUCUCAGGUCUACGAGGUGUUCAGUGUGAUCCGGGAUCUGGGGGCCAUCGCUCAGGUCCAUGCUGAGAACGGAGACAUUGUGGCUGAGGAGCAGCGCCGAAUCCUGGAGCAGGGCAUCUCUGGACCUGAGGGGCACGUUUUGAGCCGUCCUGAAGAGGUGGAGGCGGAGGCUGUCAACCGCUCUGUGACCGUCGCCAAUCAGACCAACUGUCCGCUCUACAUUACCAAGGUGAUGAGCAAGAGUGCCGCUGAUGUCAUCGCCCAGGCCAGGAAGAAGGGCACCGUGGUGUAUGGGGAGCCAAUCACGGCCAGUCUAGGCACGGACGGCUCGCACUAUUGGAGCAAGAACUGGGCCAAGGCUGCUGCCUUCAUCACUUCCCCGCCCCUCAGUCCAGACCCGACCACGCCCGAUUACCUCAACUCCCUGCUCUCCUGCGGGGACCUUCAGGUGACCGGCAGUGCCCACUGCACUUUCAACACUGCCCAGCGUGCCGUAGGAAAAGAUGACUUCACUCUCAUCCCAGAGGGCACCAAUGGCACUGAGGAGAGAAUGUCCCUCAUCUGGGACAAGUGUGUGGUGACUGGUAAAAUGGAUGAGAACCAGUUUGUGGCUGUUACCAGCACCAACGCCGCUAAGAUCUUCAACCUGUACCCACGAAAGGGCCGCAUUGCUGUGGGCUCUGACGCCGACCUGGUGCUCUGGGACCCAGACGUCACCAAGAUCAUCUCAGCGAAGAGCCACAAUUCGAAUCAGGAGUACAAUAUCUUUGAGGGCUUGGAGGUGCGCGGUGCCCCCCUGGUGGUCAUCAGCCAAGGCAAGAUCAUCCUGGAGGAGGGGAGCCUCCACACCACCGAGGGGUGUGGCCGCUUCAUAGGCCGGAAGCCCUUCUCUGACUAUGUCUACAAGAGGAUAAAGGCUCGCAGUCGGCUGGCUGAACUCAGGGGUGUUCCACGUGGUCUCUAUGACGGGCCCGUCUGUGAGGUGUCAGUCACACCCAAAACCAUGACCCCUGCCUCCUCUGCCAAGACCUCUCCAGCCAAACAGGCAGCAGCCGGUGGCCAGCCUGUCCGUAACCUGCAUCAGUCUGGAUUUAGCCUAUCUGGUGCUCAAAUUGAUGAUAACUUGCCUCGGCGUAAUACCCAGCGCAUCGUGGCGCCACCCGGUGGCAGGGCCAACAUCACCAGCCUGGGUUAACCACUCCAUUGGCUCCAGGGGAAAAGAGGGCUUGAGGGGAGGGGCAUCAGGGACUAGGGGCCAAGAAAAGAGUCACACCAUUCCACCAGGAGCCAAAACCUCUAGCUACAGUGCCUGACAAGGUCUCCCCUCAUCUCUCCCUCUCCUGCUGCGUACAUCUCUCCCACACUCUCUCCCAAGCCCCCCAACCUCCCACCCUAGAGAAGACACCUAGAAAAAAAAAGAUUUGCCUCAUUUGAAGAAAAGAGAAACACUCCUUAUUUGAGCACUUUUGACUGUAUUAUUUAGUGUUUUAUACUGUACAUUCUACCUGCCAUGUGUUUUGUGUUGUCAUAAUUUUCCAUGUUAUAAUAGAGGUGUCAAGACAGACUAGACUGUGCAGUUCUAACAUGGUGAGAAGGUCAAGACAAUUCUUGUUGCAUUUGCAUAGAGGAAGUCCAUCCCUUUCUUCUUUUUUUAAGUUACAAUGUAGGAUAAAUGAAGUAAGGAGACAAAAGGGGAACAUUCUUUACUUGUGUUUUACUUUAAGAUAAUGGGCACAUCAAAUUAGUUGCGCUUACAUUGUGUAGAGAACUUAGAGGAGCUAAUAUGCUUUCCUCAAUCUUCACUGUCUCUGGUCAUUUUGUUCUUUACUGUACAGCGUUUGUACAGUGUUGCACUCCCUUAAUAUUUACAUCAUUACUUCACUAAUAUGUCCAAUAAGGAAAACUGUUAUGAGACUGUAAAACCUUUCAUUUGUAUUGUUAAAUAGUCAUUCCAAGCUGGUAGAAUGCUUUCCUUGUCCUCAGCCUACAGGAUAAAGCAUGAUAUUAGCAUAAAGAUUAACCACUGUAGGUUUGGAAUCCUUAGAUGAACUUCUCACUGGUGCUAACCUCAUGUCAUCCCAACAGUAGCAUUGUUAGGGACUAGAUGAAAUGAAAACCCACGGUCUAUAUUUGGAAGCUGCUUGUGAGGCAGGAAAGUCCACUUGAACAGAAGGAGUGCUGGCGAGAGAGGCUAUCAUGGAACUUCUUGGCUAGGAUAUGUUGUGAAGAAAUUAAGCUCGCAGGGAAAGAACGUUAGAUGGAUGGAAGGUAUUCUUUACCAUUCUGGGGAAUGCCCAACUUGUGUCAGACAGUACCUGAGCUAAGCAGUAUGUGCCCAUAUACCUAAAAUGUAUUGCAUUCCAUUACUGCUAUGGGAUCCCUCCCACUGUUCUAGAAUGUCCCAGUACCAACCUGUGCAUUUAGAAGACUGAAUGUCUUUCUGCUCCCUGCCUCCAUUUUUUCUAUUCAUUCACUACCCUUUUCCUUUUCAACUCUUUUAUGUGCCUGAACCCACAAAAGUUGUACCUAUAGUUGGAUUUUGUAUUAUUCUUAUUAUCGUAAGAGAAGGGUGUAAGAUAAACCUGUAAAAUAGGCGGUGUUAACCGAUAUAAAGGUGCCAGAUUUUGUUCUUUCGUAUAUUCCAUUGGUAGUGCUCAUGUAAAAAAAAGAAAUGUUAAAAAUGUUGUCAUGUUUUUAACACGUUUUUACUGCCGUUUCGUUUGUUCUGUAUGUAGUGGCCUAUAGUUCACCACUAUUGUUUACCUUGAAGUAGACAUUUAGUAAUGUAUUUCUAACUGGCGUGCAGUGGUAAUGUGUGAGGAACACGGCACACACCGGACCCAGUACACCACUCCUUUGGCCUCAGAAGCGACCUGCAGUGAUAUUAAUGGUCCUUGGCUCUCGUUGAUUUUACACAGUCUGGUUUUCAUAGGCAAAGCAGUCCUCCUGCAGUUUUUCUUUCUGCGCGUCUUGGCCUAAAAGUCACAGUUUUGCAGUGUUUGCUUUUUCCUCUCCCUGAUUCAACACUGAGCAACACAGUCACUCUGUUGGAGUGUUGUGUGUUGGACACACACACACAGACACGCGCACGCACUGUCACACACAUACUCACAUGCACGCAGUCACAAAACAAGUGACCAUACAUCACUGUGCUGUGGUUUGAACCCUAAGGUUUCCUGGCCCUGUCAAGGCCUCGUAGGUAGCCGUUAGAAGGUAGUUCCUUUCAAGUAUAAAAAUGGUAUAUCGUUGUUUAAGGAAUCCAUGUAUGAAACACUACAAGACACCUUGUCACUAAAUCUUGGCAAAACUUCUCAAACUGUAAGUGGCACUGCUACUCUCUUAUCAAAAAUUUUUUACAGAUGUGUUGAUUGAGUGGUAUGCCAAUUCUUCUAAUUCUAAAAUGUAAUUUACCUAGGCAGAAAACACUAUAUUUUGCUUGUGUAUUUUACUAUAACAACCCACUUUCUUUUGGCUUCUGCAAGAUGUUCAAGUAACCAUAAAAGGGAGGGCUGCUUUGGGCUGUCUGCUUCUUGGUGUUCAAUCCAUCUGGUGUGGGGGACCAGGCCACUCCAUGAUGGUCUGAGUUAUCUUGCGUAACCAGAGUGAAUCUCUGAAUAUUGUCUGUGCUCAGACUAAGCUGUAAUGUCUGGCAUGUAAGAUUAGGGCUAGGGCAAGUCUCCCGUUCUCACAUGUUUAGAAGACAUAGCCGAGCAAAAACUCUCUUUAGUCUAACUUUGCCUCUUCACUUUUGAAUAGUUUACAUUGAGAUAUUAUGGACAUCGUGAUUAUGAUUUUAGAUUGUUAUUAUGGUUAUUGUCAUCAUUAUUUUACCAGGGUUAAUAACAUUGUUCGUUCUCCAGUUGUUCUUCUUGAUCCCAUGGAAAACUAGCCAGGUUGUUGGCGUCUUUUCAGCAUGAGUCUCCCAGUUGCUUGCUUGGUGUUGAAAUGCAGAUCGCUCAGACAGUGUGACAAAGGGUUGCGAUUAUUCAUCCCUCUGUUCUCAUAAACUGGCCGUUUUUUGGGGGGAUUUGGGGGAGUGGGAGGGGGAUAUCGGGGGCCUAGCGAAGCACAAAUACUAUUUGGCAGCCAGGAGCGCAUGAGACCUCCUGAGACUAAAAGUAUGUCUUUGCUCGUUUUCCACCGCGUUCCUCCUCUCUUUUUUCCUCUCUCUCUGGCUCUUCCAUUGUUUUCUCCUGUUGCCUUGACUACAAGGCCCUCAAGUCACCCUAGGCCCUACUCUUUGUUUGUCAUGGCAACGGUUGUAAGAUCGGAAGUUGCCCAUAGUAACCCCUCCGGACGUGGUGCUAUUAGAAUAACAUUGUGUCCGUGGCAGACUAGCAGAAUGGGACACACACACACCCUCACACUAUUUUCCCACCUGUACUACAGUUUUCUAAAUGAAACUGUUGCAGCAGACUUCACCGUUUCAGUGUGUCACCGUUUGGCUAUAGGCUUGUUGGGUGGGAUCUACAUGUGUCAGCUGACCCAGAAUUUCUGGGCCCUAAAUUGAGUAAUUGAGAGGGCUGCACAAGCUUCACAUAAAAACAAUUACACAGAGCUCCUCUACAGCGCCACAGUUAUCUACCUAACACCCAGCACUGUCUGUCACUGUGGCUAAGCACACGUGGCUAGCUUUUCCAAUAUUAUAAAUCGUCUCUCAAUGCUGUGGUCACCCUCGCCAACACACACUGACACACAGUCAAGCAUACACAGACACACGUAUUCAAAAUUCUUGCUCUGUCAGCUUGGAUGUUUUUCUAUGCCGUGCUAAUAUAUGAUGUAUGCAAAACGCAGAUUGAGAGAAGAGCUUUUGGUUUGAGGUUGCUAAUGCUGUUAAAAUCCUACCCAUCCUCUCCUUUCCCUCUACCUUACCCUGUCCCAUUGUGAAAGUAAAACUGUGUGAUGGUGUUUGUCUUGAUGGCUGUGGGGUUUUGAGGAUGCUUGCUGUCUAUGGAAAGUGUCAAAUCCCAUGGAUGAUGUAAAAACAAUGAUUUCCAAAAGUAAAGAAAAUUAAGAAAA